AGGCAGGGUAGGGGCUCUUUCGCCCCGCCUCCUUAUAAUGCCCUUUUCGUGGGAGCCAAUGGAAACUCAAGGUUGAGUUGCGUCACUUGUGCUAGCAACUCCUGGCAGAUUCUUUCCGAACCGUUAGCUCGUCUGUCCAGGGUCUUGGAGCCACCCCUAGCGAUAGGAGCGCAGCUGUUGGUGGACGCAGGUGGCGAGGCGCUUGGAGCUCCUGGCUCAGCAUGUGGUGCGCGGGCCCAGCCGCACUGAUGGCCUUUUGCCCCGGGCUCUGGGUCUCUAACCCGAGGUCGGCGCACGGUCUGGGGGCCGACUGUGAAGAAAAGAAACUGGACUUGGAAUCAUUGGACCUGUCGAAGAUGAGGGUGGCUGAGCUGAAACAGAUACUGUACAGCUGGGAAGAGUGCAGGGCCUGUGUGGAGAAAACUGACUAUGUGAAUCUGACCAAAGAACUGGCACCCAAAUGGGGCGGCUGUGGUUUCUCCUCUUCAGGUCACCACUCCAAGAAGCUGAAAGGAGUAAUUACUUCUCGUUCUGCAGCCCCUACCCUCAAGACGACUCUCUCUUCAGACUGAAAAUCUGUUCAGACUUUGCAACCUACUGUCUCUAUGGUGGCCAUGUUUACAAUCAGCUGCAGAAGACAAUGUUUACAUGGGAUUUGCCUUUUUUCCUUUUGAAUUUGUUAAAACCUAUCUUGGAAACAACAGAUCAAAUGCUGGGGCCCUAGUGAUGGAGCAGCUAUACAUACAUUCUGAGGGGUCUUGGGCUCUGCAAUUUCUAGCAGGCAGUGAACUUGCUCACCUGCUAGAUAUCAUCUAGGAAUGUGUGUGUUUAUCCCAGGAAUUCAGGUGUUCCCCUCAUUUCUGAGUCUUCCACAGUCAGCCAAAUACUUACUUCUCACGGAGCUCUAUUCUUCCUCAAUCCUAAAUUAUUAGGCAUCCUUGUUUCUUUCAGAAAGGAGUCUGGAGUUUUCUCCUUUCCAGAUUAUAUUUAUAUGGAUAUGUUUUUGCCUCCCCAGUAAGUUCAGUGUCACAGCACCUUGACCUUGGGUUCAAAAGCCUGGUUCAGACCCAGACUUUGCAAAUGACCUUUGCAGUCCCCUUUGCUUUCUCUAAUACAGCUUAUUGAUGGUUCCUGAGAGUUCCAUUGUAUUGGAAAACAUUGUUACUGUAAUAGCAUCUUGAAUAUACAAAGACAGAAGCAGAAGGAGUAAGAUGGAAAGAGCACUGAAUUGGAAUUUGAAGCCUAGGCUUACCUGUGGCUGGUUAUGCUGAGAAGUGUAGUGUGACUUUUUCUGGCCCUCAGUUCUUCAUCUUAGAAUGUAGCUAAUAAUGUCUACCCUAAUUGGGUUGUUGUGAGGAUUAAAUGGGAAAAUAUAAAUAAAAUAUGUAACAGAGUACCUGGCUCAGGGUAGACACCUCAAUAAUUAUUAGUUGAAUAGGAAUGGCUCUUUUCUUUUAAAGAUUUCAUUUACCAUCACAGCAUCCUACAUGAAGGUAUGGUGGGUACUACGCAGUUCACAGAUGAGGAAGGAAGGCAGAGGAGACAUUCAAUGACUUGACAACAAGGCCAAGAAAUGAAUUCAGGUCAUCUGACUUCUGGAUUGGAUAUAAUUUAUAGGCUGAGAAACACAGGCUUGAGAGAGGUUGAUGAUUUGGAAACUACAGAGCUUUAAAGUGAUGUUUGAGAAGCAGGCACGUUCACACCUCAUGCCUUUGAGUUCUUAAAGGGAUUGCAAGAAAUAGGCAAAUAAAAAUGAGCUAAAAUGACUGGAAUUCAAUAAAUAAUGAAUAUAAUGUAUUCUAGGAUGACAUUUGUGAUCAGGAAUGGGUUAUGUCUUUUAUCUGGGGUGACUCAAUGUUUGUGGACCAUCAUUUAAUUCUACACACUUCCAUGAUGCUAUUGCAUCAUGUGAAAUGCAGAAGAAUUUAGGUCAAUUGUCUUGUCCAACAACAAAAAGCAUGAUGGAUAUGUUCAUGGAUCUUUUUAUUGCAGCCACAUAUACCAGUUCUCUGUAAACACCUAGGAAACUUACUCAUUGGCUUGUACUUAGAAUGCCAAUUAAAGCUCUUGAAACUCAGCAACCUCAAAUGAAGCACUUUUGAGUUGUGCUUUGUUUAAACCAGUUUGACUAUUAGUACAUUUUCCAUCUGUCUUCCUUUUUCUAUUAGGCAUAAAAGAUAACAUACUAUAAUGUGACACUGUAUUUUGAGGAGCUGCUCCUCACUUGCUUAAAUUGUUGGAAAAUGCAAUGAUUUUAUUUUCCGUUUUCAUAGCAGUAUCAGUUAUUUUCAUCUAACUUAUGCUUAUCAGAAUACACUCUAAGUUAUGUAACUCUCUCCUGGAGAGAGAGGAAAAUAUGAAGUAUAUUCUUGGGAAAAUCA